CCCUCCUCCCUCGCGCCCCGCGACUGGCUUCAGCGAACCGCGCGGCGUUUCUCGCUGCCGUCUGGGAUCUGCUCUGCCGGCGACGGGGAGCAGAAGCCGCCCCUCGUGGGUGGGGAGGUCCUACCUGCCUCGUCGCCCUUUCAACUCUCCGGGACCCUCCCGGCGAAGGUAAGCGGGACUUUCGUCGUCUCCCAGCCCCGGCGGCUUCUGAAUGGCUUCCUGAGGUGCUCCUCCCUUCCAGGCUGGACUUAUUGGCGACUUUGCGGGAGAGGCGGAAGACGGGGUCGACUUCGUCCCGUCGAUCCGCCCGGAGAUGUGCUAGCGAGGGCUGGGAGGGCAGAGGCGAGCCGCGCGCUUCCCUGGCCGAAGGGAGAGCGGCAGACGGCAGAAUCGGAGCCGAUUCCCUCCCCGGUGGAGAUCGCUGCUGCUCCUCCUCCUCUCGUCGGUUAUCGUCAACGGGGACUGGGAAAGCUGAAGGCAGCGGUUGUUCCUGCUGACUGGAUUAAGGCUGCUCUUUCUGGCUUCCCCAGACCAGACUUGCUUGAUCCACCGGGCAUCCAGAGCUCCCUCCCCCUCUCCUCUUCCUCGCAGGGUGUGUGUUAGGGUCACAUCCGCCAACAGCCUACCGAGCUCGGGUUGAUGUUUAACCUGGGGAGCCCGUUCACCGAGAGGGGGGGAAUCUCUUCCCUGGCACACCUGCACCCCCCGCUGCUGGAGGAAAGCAGCUACUCCCAGCACAUGGAUGGCAACGGGAGCCUGAAUGGGAGCGACGGUGGGCAGAAAGGUGGCCUCCCUUACCCCAUGUACACCACCUUGGCCCUCAUCACCCUCGCCACGCUGCUCAUGCUCGUCACCAUCUUUGGCAAUGUCUUGGUCAUCAUUGCCAUCUUCACCAGCCGAGCGCUCAAGGCCCCUCAGAACCUCUUCCUGGUCUCCUUAGCCUCAGCUGAUAUCCUGGUGGCCACCCUGGUCAUCCCCUUCUCUCUGGCCAAUGAGGUGAUGGAUCACUGGUAUUUUGGCAAAGUGUGGUGCGAGAUCUACGUGGCCUUAGACGUACUCUUCUGCACCUCUUCCAUCGUGCAUCUCUGUGCCAUCAGCCUUGACCGCUACUGGUCCAUCACCCAAGCCAUUGAGUACAACCUCAAGCGCACGCCACGCCGCAUCAAGAGCAUCAUUUUCCUCGUCUGGGUCAUCUCUGCGGUCAUCUCCUUCCCGCCCCUCAUCUCCAUCAUGAAACAGGGUGACCCCGACAGUCAGCAAGCGAAGCUGAAUUCGGAGAGCAAGGCACCCACUUGCAGCAUCAACAAAGAGACGUGGUACAUCAUCUCUUCCUGCAUCGGCUCGUUCUUUGCUCCCUGCCUUAUCAUGAUCCUGGUCUACGUGCGCAUCUACCAGAUUGCCAAGAGGAGGACUCGGGUGCCUCCUGGCAAGAGAGCGGAGGCCGUGGAGAGGAGGCAGAAUGGUCUGGCAGAUAAGGAUGACAUGCCCGCAAUGACCAAGCUCAAUGGGGAGAAGGCAGCCGUGGCAGGAGGAAGCCAGGAGAGGGAAGAAGUCAAUGGUAUAGACCUGGAGGACACCUCUUCAUCGGAACACAAUGAGACCCGUCAGACCAGGAAGCAGGAGAGGCCGCAAAGGGGCAAGGGGAAGACCAAGCUAAGCCAGAUUAAGCCUGGGGACACUUUGCCAAACAGAGUUGAGGAGGAAAGAGAGGCAAAAGCUUCCCGAUGGAGAGGCAGGCAGAACCGAGAGAAACGCUUCACUUUUGUGCUGGCGGUUGUGAUUGGGGUUUUUGUGGUCUGCUGGUUCCCUUUCUUCUUCACCUACACGUUGACUGCCGUUUGUAAGAGCUGCCCCGUGCCCGAUACACUCUUCAAGUUCUUCUUCUGGUUUGGUUAUUGUAACAGUUCCCUCAACCCUGUCAUCUACACCAUCUUCAACCAUGACUUCAGGAGAUCCUUUAAAAAGAUUCUUUGCAGGAUAGACCGGAAGAGGAUUGUGUGAGGGAUGGACUCAAGUUUGUUUACAAGACUUGUUUACAGAAGAGAGGCUCAGCUCUGGCUGGGCUCUGGAAGUGGGUGGUGUCUUAUCCAGUGAAUGACCUUUGACUUCUCAAAGACUUCAGGUGACUUUGGCCUUGGCCCAGGGGGAGAUGAUUCUGCCCAGUGAUGGAUCUAGAGACCUGUUUGUAGGUAUUGUUGGGCUUAUGGCAAACUGAAAUUAACUGACUGGAGUGUGUAAGGGAAGUAACAAAGAUGAAAAUAUAAGUCAUAUAUUUCAGAAGCACUUUCUUUCUAUUUUUGCCCUUUGGACAAUAUGUCCCUGACGUCCUUGCAAAACUGCAGUAUUGCAUCUUUGAGAUCUGUACAUCUUUAACUUUUGUAGGAGAAAGCAGCUUUGAAACCACUUUAAAUAUUUCUUGAGAACUUGAAAUAUAUGUGGGGUGGGG